UUGGUUAUUGCUUUUAUUGAUGUGGUGGCUCCUAAAAGAGCCGUUUGUUUUGUGGUGCAAGCAAAUCACUUAUGCUCGCUCUCCGCGGAUUCGGCGGGCCAACUGAAUGUCCUUGGGCAUGAUGGUGACGCGCUUGGCAUGGAUGGCGCACAAGUUGGUGUCUUCAAAAAGACCAACGAGGUAAGCCUCGCUAGCUUCUUGAAGAGCCAUGACAGCAGAGCUCUGGAAACGCAGAUCGGUCUUGAAGUCUUGAGCGAUCUCUCGCACAAGACGCUGGAAGGGCAGCUUGCGAAUGAGCAGCUCGGUCGAUUUCUGGUAACGACGGAUCUCACGAAGAGCGACUGUACCAGGCCUGUAACGAUGAGGUUUCUUGACUCCACCAGUGGCGGGCGCGCUCUUACGAGCUGCCUUUGUGGCGAGCUGUUUUCGUGGAGCUUUUCCACCAGUUGAUUUACGAGCAGUUUGCUUUGUACGUGCCAUCUUCGAGAUUCGAUGCAACAGUAACUCGGGGUUAACGGAUAAUAACGCACAAGUUUUGCAAUAUAAUUUAUACAUGGCGGGCUACUCCAUGAUUGGACAAAAACUAAGCGAUUUCAUUGGAUAAGAAAGUAGUGCGCUUCUCUGAUUUGAAGAUGUUCGAUCCGAAGUUACUUUUAGGCCAGUUUUAGUAUGAAUUUACGUUAUCUGUGAUUCCUUUCCUUUAAGAUAAAAAUAGACACGAAAAAGAGUUUGACUGGAGAUUGUUUAUGAAGUAUUUUUUGUGGUUGUGAAUAUUUAUUUAUUUACUAAACAUGUUCUCGCAAGAACUAUGAAAGAGGAACAUGUAUAAAAUAUGGUAAUUAAUAACUUGACCCUUGUCUCUGUUAUCGUAACUAACCAAUAGAGAGCAAGCAGCGUGUCUUGUUUUCGGAGAGGUCAUUCUUUGCCAUAUAAAAGCCCAGACAUCGUGAAUUUGAGUUAUUUUUCAGUAUUACCGUGUACAUAUCAGUAUGUCUGGUCGAGGCAAAGGAGGCAAAGGUCUAGGAAAAGGAGGCGCCAAGCGUCACCGAAAGAUCCUUCGUGACAACAUCCAAGGCAUCACCAAGCCAGCCAUCCGUCGUCUUGCUCGCCGUGGCGGUGUUAAGCGAAUCUCUGGCCUGAUCUACGAAGAGACUCGUGGUGUUCUCAAAGUUUUCCUUGAGAAUGUGAUCCGUGAUGCUGUGACCUACACCGAGCACGCCAAGCGCAAGACUGUGACCGCCAUGGAUGUGGUGUACGCUCUCAAACGUCAGGGACGUACUCUAUACGGAUUUGGCGGUUAGAUCUUCACGCUACACUCUCAAACCAACGGCUCUUUUAGGAGCCACCACAUCUUUAAAAGUCAUUGCCAAUAAAGUUUGCUCUUGACUUAUAUUGUACCGCUUUGUGCCCUAGUAUAGUGUAAUGUAAGCACGGGCCUAUGAGCGUCUUCCCAAAAGAGCAAGAUCCAUUCUUAUUGUUCAUUAAAGCAUAGCCUAUAGUUUCAAUUGUUCGGUGCUCCAACCGUGUCUCUUUAAACGUUUGGAGUCAUUAGGCUGUAAUUUAUAGUUGUUAGUCCAAGACCUGUAUUGCUUUAGUUGUUGAACUGUAAAUGGGAUUCUCUGCACAGAGCGUGGAAACGCGCGAUAUUCGAAUAAACAGAGAAUUUGCUGUUUUCGGUUUUCGCAAGUUCGCUGAAAAUGCGAGGAGGAGUUAUGUUCAAGUUUUAGAAUACUGACGAUAUGGUAAGGGGAAAAGGACCGUCUUUUGGUCUUCAAUUGCACAAAAAUAAAUUCAUUGUGUAUGCUACUUAUCUUAGCAUCAUUUUAUUCUUUUCAAUCGAAAAUAUUUCAUGCGCAGCAAGCACGAUGUAUGUAGCCCAUUGAUGCGUUAACCGCCAAGAGUAACGCAAUUAUAUCUAAAAGACAUGGUAGGAACGGACUCUACGCCUUCUUUAACUCAGAGAAUAUGUUCCUUACAGGCUAGGAAGAAACUUCCAUCAUAGAACAACUGAGUGGUCGUGACUUUUAAAUUAUGUGGUGGCUCCUAAAAGAGCCGUUUUGUUUGUAAGGCCAGAACAGACUGAUCAAGCUUUUGGCUUCUUCUCGGUCUUCUUGGGUAGAAGAACAGCCUGGAUGUUGGGAAGAACACCUCCUUGAGCGAUGGUGACGCCGGCGAGCAGUUUGUUCAACUCUUCAUCGUUGCGAACAAGUCAAGUCAAGUCAAGUCAAUCUUUAUUUAAACACGGUAAAAUCCAUCAGGAAUUUAAAAAAUUAAAAAUAACCUAACUAUCCUAAACAAAAUUCAAAAGUUUGUUAACAUUAAAUAUGAACAUUAACUUCUUUUAAAUUGACGUUGACAGGGAACAGAGAAGCUAUAAGUAAAGCUGAAGGUGACGGGGAAUGAUUCUGGUCUUCUUGUUGUCACGAGCAGCGUUGCGCGCCAACUCGAGGAUCUCAGCGCUCAAAUACUCGAGCACUGCAGCCAAGUAGACCGGAGCUCCAGCGCCAACACGCUCGGCAUAGUUGCCUUCGCGAAGAAGACGGUGGAUCCGACCUACAGGGAACUGAAGCCCAGCUCGGGAUGAUCGGCUCUUGGACUUGGUGCCUUUAGCCUUUCCUUUGCCGCGACCAGACAUCUCAACGAAAUUAGUGAAGACAGAGAGAUGUAUAUCAAGAAUUUGUUCGUUUCUAAAGUACUUGGCAGUCAAGACAUGUCAGAGUUUAUACGCGUGGCAAGAUUUGGCUAGGAUCGAAACGCACCAAUCAGAUCUAACGAUAUUUAAUAUUUCUAAACAAAAUAUGAUGCAUGGAAGCAGAUGGUGACCUUUGAAAUUACCUAGAGCGAACCAACCAAUGAAAAAUGAAAGAUUUCGAUCCGUAUGUUAAUUGAUCCCCUGUUGGUUUUGUUAUAAAUACAGUAUUCAGCAAAUGCGGCCUAUUCUCAUCCAUUCUGAUCAACAGAUAUGGCACCCAAAGUUGCAGGAAAGAAAGGCGAGAAGAGAGCUGGAAAGGCUAAGGCUCCAUCUGACGGAAAGAAGAAGAGGAGGGGAAAGAGAAAGGAAAGCUAUGCUAUCUACAUCUACAAGGUGUUGAAGCAAGUUCAUCCUGACACCGGUAUCUCCAGCAAAGCCAUGGGCAUCAUGAACUCGUUCGUUAACGACAUCUUCGAGCGCAUCGCUACUGAAGCUUCCCGCCUUGCUCACUACAAUAAGAAAUCAACCAUCAGUUCUCGCGAGAUCCAGACAGCCAUCAGGCUUCUUCUGCCCGGUGAACUGGCCAAACACGCUGUCAGUGAAGGAACCAAGGCUGUGACCAAGUACACCAGCAGCAAGUAA